AUGAAGACCGCUGCUCGAAAUUCUCCAACGACGAGGACAGUUAACAUCCGAAGGAGCAUACAUAGAUUAAGCUUACUCCCAGAACGGAACAGUACAGGUGAUGGGGUUGAUGGACUACAGCCAGCGGUGGAGACGGAGCCGGACGAGACGAUACGUGAGAUACGCGAAAUCUUCCAGGAGGAAUCUCUAAGGUGGGAGGGAAUCCAAAUGGCAGAUAGACAGCGAAUUCCCAAGAUGAGGAGAAGUAAGCAUUCCAAAACAACAAUGGCCACCGUAAACUCUGCUCUGGGUGAAAUAUUGACUAGCUCCAAAAACCUAGAAGAACUGUGCCACAAGGUCUACUGCGCUGCAAUGGUUACUAACAGAAUUCUGCAAACACCGACGGUAACUAAAGCACAAGGGGCACACCCACAGAAAAAACCCCCAUGGGAGGAAAGAUUGGAAAAGAAAAUUAACAUCUUACGGAAAGAAAUUGGAGUCCUUCAUUCUUUUCUGACAGAGACAAAAGUUAGCAAAAAAGUGAACAGAAAAGUGCAAUGCUACUCAAGGAAAUUAAAGCUGAGUAGAAAAGAUGCUCAGUACAAACAACAGCUAGCGAUACAUAUGGAGACCUUAAAGCAGAAACUGGCAACCCUGGGCAGCAGAUUAAGAAGGUACCACAAAAGAACUAAGAGAUACCGUCAAAAUAAUCAAUUCAACACCAACCAAAAAGGCUUCUUCAGAGAUCUGGGAGAACAACAUAGAUCUCAGCAAGAAUGUUCGAGAGUAGCUGAUUCUGAACUGAAGGAAUUCGAAAAAUACUGGUCUAACAUGUGGACAGAAAAGGAAAGCCACAACACCAAAGCCACAUGGAUAGAAACUGAAAAAGAAAUGCAUGCAAAUCUAUCCGAAAUGCACUCUGUCGUCAUCACGGAGGAAGAUGUAGCGAUGACCGUCAAAAGAAUGAAAAAUUGGACAACGGCUGGAAUAGACAAUAUUCAUAAUUAUUGGUGGAAGUACUUACCAUCCACUCAUGGGGUUUUGGCACGGCUCCUAAAUUCAGCUUUGGAGAACCCGAAUAAGAUACCUAAAUUCUUCACACAAGGCAUGACGUACAUGAUCUUCAAAAAAGGAGAUCCUACCAAACCUGAAAACUACAGGCCAAUCACAUGCCUUUGUUCCGCUUAUAAAAUACUUACCUCGACGGUCGGUCACAAGAUCCGGAUUCACCUGAAAAAUAAUAAAAUAUUAGCCUGGGAACAAAAUGGCUGCAGGAGAGGUGGCAGAGGCAGUAAGGAACUUCUGGUAAUCGAUAAUACAAUCACAAAACAAGCUAAAAGGAAGAAGAAAAACAUCGCCAUGGCAUGGAUAGAUUACCAGAAGGCAUUUGACUCUGUGCCCCACACUUGGCUGUUAGAAAUCUUGAAGAUAUAA